AAAGCUGUCUUCUUCCUCGCCUGCUGCCGCAGCUCAACGCGGCGAUCCCGCAUUCCCAGCUCGCUUUACCCCCGCCGUCCUCCUCCAUUUAUACCCCUUUCUUUCCCCGGCAACUUGCAUCCCAUCCCAUAUGCGCGUAUACCUGCUAGCUCCUUUCACUUUCCCUUCCAUUCCAAUUCCGUUUUUUAAUGCAAAGCACGAGCACUGCUGCGACCGGCGAAAGCUAGCAGCAGCUCCAGCUAUAAGACCCAUCUCUUUCUCUUUCUCUUCCUCUUUCUGCGACUCCACUCACUCGUUCCAGAUCUGGAGGUUCUUCCUGUGCCGCCAUCCAUUCCAAUGAUGGCUCCGACUCGGCCUUCUCUGGCAUUGGCGCGGUGGGUGCUCCUGGCGGCGGUGGCGGCGAGGCUCGCCGGCGCUGAUGACCCCUACCGCUACUUCACCUGGACUGUCACGUAUGCCAUCAACCCGCUCGGCACCACCCAGCAGGGCAUCCUGAUCAACGGCAGUCCCGGCCCUCGCAUCGACUGCGUCACCAACGACAACCUCAUCGUCAACGUCGUCAACAACCUCGACGAGCCAUUCCUCAUCACAUGGAACGGGAUCAAGCAGCGGAAGAACUCGUGGCAGGACGGCGUGGCGGGCACCAACUGCCCCAUCCCGCCCGGCGCCAACUACACCUACAAGUUCCAGGCCAAGGACCAGAUCGGCACCUUCACCUACUUCCCCUCCGUCGCGCUGCACCGCGCCGCCGGAGGGUUCGGCGCCCUCAACGUCUACCAGCGACCUGCCAUCCCCGUCCCCUACCCGCCCCCCGCCGGCGACUUCACACUCCUUGUCGGUGACUGGUACCUCGCCGGCCACGACCAGCUCCGCCAGACACUCGACUCCGGCGCGCCGCUCCCGUUCCCGGACGCGCUGCUCAUCAACGGCAUGCCCUCCGCCACCUUGGUGGGCGACCAAGGGAGGACCUAUCUGUUGAGAGUGUCCAAUGUCGGGAUGAAGACGUCGAUCAACUUCAGGAUCCAGGGCCAUGCUCUGAAGCUGGCGGAGGUGGAAGGCACGCACCCGGUGCAGAACGUCUACGACUCCCUAGACGUGCACGUCGGCCAGUCCGUGGCGUUCCUCGUCACCCUCGACCAGCCGGCCAUGGACUACGCCGUGGUGGCGUCGACGCGGUUCAACCCGGCCGACACCAGCCCGUUGACGGCGGUCGGGACACUGCAUUACAGCAGCGCCACCUCCUUGGCGCCUGGCCCGCUCCCGGCAGGACCGCCGGAGGAGAGCGAGUGGUCGAUGAACCAGGCAAGGUCGUUCCGGUGGAACCUGACAGCCAGCGCGGCGCGGCCCAACCCGCAGGGGUCGUUCCACUACGGCACUAUCCAGACGUCGAGGACGCUGGUCUUGGCCAGCUCCGCUGCCGUCGUCGCUGGGCAGAGACGGUACGCCGUGAACGGCGUCUCGUUCGUCGUCCCGGACACGCCUCUGAAGCUCCUGGACAACUACAACAUCGCAAACGUGAUCGAAUGGGACAGUGUCCCGGAGCGGCCCGACGGCGGGGCACCCCGGCCCGGGACGCCGGUGGUGAGGCUCAACCUGCACGAGUUCGUGGAGGUGGUGUUCCAGAACACCGAGAACGAGAUGCAGUCCUGGCAUCUUGACGGAUAUGAUUUCUGGGUCGUCGGGUACGGCGAUAAUGGGCAGUGGACGGAGAAUGAGCGGCUGAACUACAACCUGGUCGACGCGCAAGCGAGGCAUACUGUUCAGGUGUAUCCGAACGGAUGGUCGGCGAUCUUGGUGUCGCUGGACAACCAAGGGAUGUGGAACCUGAGGUCGGCCAACUGGGACCGGCAGUACCUCGGCCAGCAGCUGUACCUGAGGGUGUGGACGGCGGAGCAGAGCUUCUCCAACGAGUACAGCAUCCCGAUCAAUGCCAUACUCUGCGGGAGAGCUGCCGGCCUUCCACACUGAGGAACAACAAAGGCCUCCUCAAUACUACUGUUGCUGCUGCUGCUACUAUAUAUAUAUAAUAGCUGAAAUGAAGGUUAUAAUUAUUACGAUUUCUUGGAAAUAUGUACUACUCCUACUCUAGCUAAAAAUUCAUGUACUAGUACUAUUCUUUUGGUGAUGUCGGUAUUUCAUCUGCUUGUGUUCUGUCUGUGGACAAGACCACAGGCCCUGUGAAUUCUGGUCAGUGCUUUUGUUUCUGAAAUGUAAUGUAAUCUGAUGUGGUGUGUCA